CGCCCAAUCUCUUUUCACUCACUACUACUAACUAGUAGUACUGGAUGAUUCAUCCGUUUCAGCCAAUAGUUGCUCCUCCAUUGUCAAAGCUCUCUUUCUCAUGGUUUUUGUCAUUCUCAAUUUAUCUUCUCCCUACCCAAAGCCCCCGACUUCCCGCGAUAUGCAUUUUCACCUCAAAACCCUUUAGGCAAUAGUUGUUCCGUUCAAUGGCCUCGCUCAACUUCGACUUUAACCCAUUCAACGGCGACAACUGGUUCAAGAAACCCAUCAAUCUUGUCUCGCUCUUUGAAAACCUGAAUCCCUUUAAACCCCAAGCCAGCACCCCAAAUUUUGCAGCCUUAUCUUUUAAGCCCUCUCCCAAAAAACCCAAAAAUGAAGCCGCAAACCCCGGAAAAUACGAGCAAAUGCUAGACCAGUUCUACUGGGAGUGCGAGAAUUUGCCGGAUUAUAGGCACACCCCUGAGGUUGAGAGGCUCCUAAAUGAAGACCCCGUUUUUGAGAAGCUGGAAAACCCCACGCCCGAAGAGCUUGCGGAGAAUGCCAAGCGGUGGGAAGAGUUUCGGGCCAGCCCGGUGGUCCAGUUCUUGGCCCGCGCUGAGGAAAUUGCUAACAAAAUCAACGAACUUGAGCUUAAAGAGAACUCCACCCCUUACAGAAAGGAAGACAGGAAACUGUGGAAGUCCCUAAUGUACUUGGAUUGGAUGGGAGGCCAAUGCCUAGGAAAGCAAUCAAGACAAAGAGGGAAUCUGAUGAUAAAUUUUGGGAUUUCGCUAGGCAGUUCUUCUUUGGUCUCUGGCGUUUCCGUCAAAGGCCAUAUCCACCAGGGAGACCGAUUGAUGUUGCUCAAGCUAUCGGAUACAAGAGGCUUGAAAGACGCUAUUAUGACUGUAAGAACAUACAUACAGAGGAUUUGAUGUAUCUUAAGCUUGUGAAUUAUGUCAGCAGGAUGUUAUUUGUAAUAAGUUUUUUGGUGUAUUUGGGUCACUACCUUCUGAAGUGAAUUAUAUGUUUGCCUUUUUUUGUUGCGAAUGUAGCUGCUGUAGAUGUCAUAGUUCA